AUGUCUUCUUUUCAGGUAUGUGAUGAUGAAUAUAGAAUUUUAAAUGUGAAUCCCAAGUUUGGAGGUUCAAAUCAUGAUUCCUUUAUAUGGGAAAACAGUAAUUUGAACACAUACGUGCAAUCUUUGCACCAAAAUGGAGAAAUUGUCUGGCUUUUAGGAGAUUCUGGAUAUCCCCAACGCCCAUGGCUUAUGACACCAUUUUUAGACGCUGAGUCCAAUAAUUAUAAUGAAAAACACAUGAGCUCGAGUUGA